AUGACCGUCACCUACACAGCCCGAGUGGCCAAUGCCCGCUUCGGUGGCUUCUCGCAGCUGCUGCUGUUGUGGCGCGGAAGCAUCUACAAACUGCUGUGGCGUGAGCUGCUCUGUUUCCUUGGGCUCUACAUGGCGCUGAGCGCCACCUACCGCUUCGUGCUGGCUGAAGAGCAGAAACGCUACUUCGAGAAACUCGUCAUUUACUGCGAUCAGUACGCCAGCCUCAUCCCAGUCUCCUUCGUGCUCGGCUUCUACGUGACGGUGGUGGUGCACCGUUGGUGGGACCAGUACCUAUGCAUGCCGCUACCGGACGCGCUUAUGUGCGUGGUGGUGGGCACGGUGCACGGGCGCGACGAUCGCGGCCGGCUUUACCGGCGCACGCUCAUGCGUUACGCAGGGCUCUCUGCGGUGCUUAUUCUGCGCUCGGUCAGCACCGCAGUCUUCAAGCGUUUCCCCACCAUAGACCACGUAGUGGAGGCGGGUUUUAUGACCCGGGAGGAGCGCAAGAAGUUCGAGAAUCUGAACUCGUCCUACAACAAGUAUUGGGUGCCCUGCGUGUGGUUCUCCAACCUGGCGGCGCAGGCCCGGCGCGAGGGCCUCAUCCGCGACAAUAGCGCACUUAAGCUGCUGCUGGAGGAGCUGAACGUGUUUCGAGGAAAGUGUGGGAUGCUCUUUCACUACGACUGGAUUAGCGUACCCCUCGUCUACACCCAGGUGGUGACCAUCGCAGUGUACAGCUACUUCCUGGCUUGUCUCAUUGGUCGUCAGUUCCUGGACCCUGCGCAGGGCUACAAAGACCACACCCUGGACCUGGUCGUUCCCAUCUUCACCUUAUUGCAAUUCUUCUUCUAUGCCGGCUGGCUCAAGGUAGCCGAGCAACUCAUUAACCCCUUCGGAGAGGACGACGAUGACUUUGAGACCAACUUCCUGAUUGACCGCAACUUCCAGGUGUCGAUGUUGGCCGUGGACGAGAUGUACGACGACCUGGCCAUGUUGGAAAAGGAUUUGUAUUGGGAUGCGACAGAGGCUCGCGCCCCCUACACGGCGGCCACCGCUUUCCUGCUGCAGCAGCCCUCCUUCCAGGGCUCCACCUUUGACAUUGCGCUGGCCAAGGAGGACAUGCAGUUCCAGCGGCUGGACGGCGUGGACGGCCCGCUGGGAGAGGCGCACAGUGACUUCCUGCAGCGCCUCCUGCCGGUGGGUGCGGGCAUGGCGGGAGGAGGCCUGCUGGGCAGGCGCCUGUCCCUGCUACGCCGCAAGAACAGCUGCGUGUCAGAGACGUCCACAGCCGCCAGCUGUGCCUGCGCGAGCGCCCCCGAAGGUGCGGCCCCGGAGUGCGGCUGCGGGGACCCGCUGCUCGAUCCCGGCCUCCGGGAGCAGGAACCCGAGCCCCCCGCGUGUCCUGAGCCAUCUGCCCCUAAUCCCGGACCUGCCGCUGACCCCUACACCACGGUGUCCAUCCCCGGACCCAGGGCUCCAGCGCCACCCUGGCUGCCUAGCCCUAUUGGAGAGGAGGAGGAGAGUCUGGCCUGA